AUGAUGGUUGAUACUUACAACGGGCCGCCUCCAUAUUGCAACGGUGCAGUACUGGUCAUCCAGUCACACGCUCCUCCUCCUCCACUCCACAGAAAAUUAUGUCUCAAGAACCCCCCUCUGCCAGGCUCUGAUGGCCACAGUUUUGUUAAUAUCCAGUUGAUUGAGGAACUGCAAAUUGGCUUCCAUAAAAGGUCCCAGGUAUUUGUUGUAAGAUGUGUGAAUACCGAUCAUUCUUCAGGUCUACCGCCAGAUCAGGACAUGAUCGCCAAGUUCUAUGACCCUCUCUACCACGACCGUGACGAUGGCAACCUUUUUCGGGCAGCUGACUAUGAUUACUCGCACGAGUGUGCCUCUUAUAAGCGUUUGUCCGAGCUACAGGGCUCUGUUCUUCCCCGAUUCUUCGGCUCUUACACAUUCAAAACAAAGAUCGAUGGUCAUCCUCGCCAGAUUCGUUUGAUUCUACUUGAACGAGUCAAUGGUCUGCCCAUGAGUCGCCUAGAGCCCAAGAUAUUCUCAACAGAGGAGCGUCAGGCUAUUAUGAGACAGAUCAUUGAUGGAGAGUCUGCACUUUACGCCAAGGACGUUCGUCAUGAAGACUUAUGUCCACGCAAUAUCUUGAUUGAACGGAGUGAACUGGGAAGACUAAGAGCCAUCAUUAUUGACUUGGGAAAGUCUGUUAUUGGACGAUCACGCAAUCCUUCGAACAGUGCAGAAGAGAGCCAAGGGUUUCCUGGCGUCCCGCAUUACUUUGAAGAUUGGAUCGACUGGCCGUGGCAGAAAUGGCUUGAGGUUCAGUACAAGGAGACUGAAUCUACGAUCACAGACGAGCAACGGCAGAGGUGGCCAGUGUAUGACUGGAGGCUGGAGAUUACAUCAUUUUCAUGAUAUGGUGGGAGAUGUUUUGAGCCCAUGUUGUGCCGAUUUCUAGAUCUCCCGGAGAGUCUAACACCUUAGCAAGAGAUACAAGC